AUGCAAUUGCCGGUUCUCGGCUGCACUUUCCUCACGCUGUCAGAUAGUGAGGAAAGUACUGCCCAAGAACCGGCAGUUGUCAGAGCAGGGAUCAGCACGAUCAUCAGGGCACUGAUGAUCAGUGCCCUGAUGAUCGGUGCCCAGCAGUGCCACCCACCAGUUCUGCCCACUUGUGCCCAGCAGUGCACCCACCUGUGCCCAGCAAAGUGCCAUCCAGAAGUGCCACCUAUCUGUGCCCAGCAGUGACACCCACAUGUGCCCACCCACCUGUGCCCACCAGUUCCACCCACCUGUGCCCACCACAGUGCUGCCAGUCAGUGCCACUAGUCAGUGCCCAGUGGUUGUGCCAGUCAGUGCCCAGCAGUUGUGCCAGUCAAUGCCUAACAGUGCCGCCAGUCUAUACCUAGCAGUG